UCCUCCUCCCCCCCUUUACCGUCACAACAACACACCUAACCUCACCAUUUAUCCUUUCUUUUCAUUCACCGCUUCGCCAAACUCCUCCAAACGCACUAGCCCCAUACCUUCUUCUGUGUCCGCCCUCCCACUAGUUGUCUUAAUUCCUUCUUCUUUUAGUUCGUCUUCUGCGGGCUUCGGAACAAUUUGUGAUGCAGGGUGAUUCUUCUCCGCGCUCGAUGCUCACGGAGUCUAAAGAGGAUAACUUGGUCCUUUCUUCUGAGGAUUCGUCUUGCCCUGAUGAGUCCGAGCUUGAAUUGGGUCUUGGCUUAAGCCUUUCUCAUCCUCGACUCAAGUCUCAGCCUCCUCCAACGACUCAGUAUGCUAGAAUUUUGACUGCUAUGGAUUUUUCUUCCUCAGCCUCCUCCUCCGCCUCCUCUUCCUCUCCUAACGCGACAGCUGGCACCAAGAGAGCUGCUGAUUCUCUUGUCGCUUCAAACGGUCCUAGUCAAGUUGUUGGAUGGCCUCCUCUUCGAGCAUACAGAAUGAACAGCUUUAAUAAUAAUCACUCAAAAUCUCCAGCCACUGAGGCGAAGGGUAAUCAAACAGCUGCAAGGAAGGCCACUGACAAUGGUAGUAAUAAAAACAAUAGUAUUGCGAAAGAAGAAGCGCACAUUAGGAGAUCCCUGUUUGUGAAGGUAAAUAUGGACGGGACACCUAUUGGAAGGAAGGUUGAUUUGAGUGCUCAUGGUUCCUAUGAAAACUUGGCGCGUGCUUUGGAGGAUAUGUUUAACGAACCGGCUACCAAAGGAUUAAAUGGGGAGGAUCGUGGUAUUGUCGUUGGAGCAAAAAAGAGACACUUAAACUUGCUGGAUGAAUCUUCCAAUUUCGUGCUGACUUACGAAGACAAAGAAGGAGACUGGAUGCUUGUUGGAGAUGUUCCUUGGGAUAUGUUUCUCAAUUCUGUGAGGAGGCUUAGAAUUAUGAGGACGUCUGAGGCAAAUGGACUUGCGCCAAGACUGGAGGAGAAGAAGAGCAGACUGAGAAGUUAGCUCAUGUAGAUAUGGAAACUCUGCAUAGUUUAGGAAACACGCAACUUUUGGCCUGUAAAGUGAUACACGUUAUGGAGGAAAAAUAGAAAAAGAAGGGGAAAAAAAAAAACGAAGAUGGAAAAGUAGAAGAAUGGAUUCUGAGAUAUUUAAAAAGUGAAAACGGGUUUAUUUUUGUUAAAUGUUGUGAGCGUGGGAUGCGUUUCAACUUUCUUGUCCAUCAAAUCUUAAUUGCAAUUUUUUUUUUGUGGUAGUGUAACGAAAAUUUCUAAUUUAGCCGAGUGAAAUGGACAAGAUGAGUUUUGUGGCGUUGUAUACAUUGCAAUUAAAGUUGCUUCAAUAAUUAAUGGAGGUUGUGUUGCUUGUUAUUUGUA